AUGGCGGACAGUGACAACGAGGAGGGGGUCAUGCCUAUCGACUGGCUCAUCGACAAUAUGACCGCCGGCAAGGAAGCCCAACAGUCAGCACCAUCGCUAUCCGUUACUACUGAUGACACCACCACCAUCACCAAUUUCCGGCCCAUCAAAGUCUCUUGGGCAGGCCGUACUACCUUCGAGACUCUUCCAGGAGAGCUCCGCAAUCGCAUCUACGACCUUUCUGGGUGCCUUCGCUACUGGGAAAUCCGAGACACUCCGCUCAGAACGACAGCCCGAGGCGAUAGUCAGCCCCGGACAUGCCCUCCUAUGUUCAGCCGUUCUGGUAUGUUCCGCCGCCGUGUUGUGAAGCACGUCUGUCUGGACGGCUGUGCGAGGCUCGAGCAUCGUGACAACUGCCGCGCCGCCUACCUCAUCGUCAAUGGCAAAGAGAUACGAGAAGUCAGAUGCUUCACCGACUGGCGCGGGAUGCGCCAUACACCGUGCCAUGAAGCUACAAUAGCUCAGCCGGCACUCACUACAGUCAGCAAGCUGUGCCGCCAAGAAACACUCUCCAUCUUCUACGGCGAUCACCCAAUCGUGGCCAAGCUCAACGGAGAUGGCAACCGUCUUCUCGAGUGGCUCGACACGAUCGGUGCUGUCAGUGCUGGUCAUAUCCGCAGACUGUACUUGAUCUACAGCCGAAAGGAAGAGAGCCACUACAUCGACAAAGAGCUCCGCCGAGAGUUGCGAAUGCGAGGCCUGAGCGCAGGUGAACAGGAUGGAGUCCUCCGGCUAGUGCGUGUCUCAUUUCCAUACAAGUGCGAUGAGGCUUCCAUCCUCAAGCUGCUCGAUGGCGUGCAGGCUCGGGAGCGGAAGGGUCAGAAGUCGAUCGUGGAGUUGGAGGCGUAA